CCCAGUGAGCGAGCUGAUGCCAUUCGCUAUCUCAUCCUUCAGCAUUUCGGUGGAAUAUAUAUCGAUUUAGAUAUUGGAUGCCGGCGUUGCCUGGACCCUCUCCUAAAUUUAUUGAUAUGGUUCCCCAAGACACGCCCAUCUGGCGUCGGCAAUGAUGUGAUGCCGAGCAUACCCGAGCACCCAUUAAUGAUGAAGCUUGCGCUGGAUCUGCAAGACAGAUAUGCCUUGUUUCUGCCUCCUUACCUGGCAGUCUUCUGGACGACAGAGCCCCUGUAUGUGAACGAUAUUUUGACGUCAUGGCUACAACAUAGGAGCAAUGGUAUGAGGGCGGACAUUGACAAACAUUCCGAGGCCCGAGGCGCCGGCUUGGUUAUUCUCCCCCCAAAAUUUUAUGACCGCAUGGAAUACUCAUUCUUCAGGCACGUGCCAGACUCAUCAUGCAUGGCCCUGGUGCGGUUCUGUUGA